AUGUGGAACACUUCUGACGUCAACUUCUCCUGCUACCAUGAGUCUGUGCUGGGCUAUCGUUACGUGGCAGUUAGCUGGGGAAUUGUGGUGGCCGUGACGGGCACCGUGGGUAACGUGCUCACCCUGCUGGCCUUGGCCAUCGAGCCCAAGCUCCGCACCCGCUUCAACCUGCUCAUCGCCAACCUCACAGUGGCUGAUCUGCUCUACUGCACCCUUCUCCAGCCCUUCUCGGUGGACACCUACCUCCACCUCCACUGGCGCACCGGUGCCACCUUCUGCCGGGUCUUUGGGUUCCUCCUUUUCGUAUCCAACUCUGUCUCCAUCCUCACCCUCUGCCUCAUUGCCCUGGGACGCUAUCUCCUCAUUGCCCACCCUAAGCUCUUUCCCCAAGUUUUCAGUGCCAAGGGCAUAGUGCUGGCACUGGUGAGCACCUGGGUGGUGGCUGUGGCCAGCUUCGCUCCCCUCUGGCCGAUCUAUAUCUUGGUGCCCGUAGUCUGCACCUGCAGCUUUGACCGCAUCCGAGGCCAGCCCUACACCACUGUCCUCCUGGGCAUCUAUUUUGUGGUUGGGCUCAGCAGUGUCGGCGUCUUCUAUUGCCUCAUCCACCGGCAGGUGAAGCAAGCAGCACAGGCACUGGAUCAGUACAAGCUGCGCCAGGCAAGUAUCCGCUCCAACCAUGUGGCGGGGGCAGAUAAGUCCGUGCCUGGUCGUUUCCAGGAGCUAGACAGUGGGCUGGCAUCCGGAGGACCCAGCGAGGGGAUUUCAUCUGAGCCAGUCAGUGCUGCCACCACCCAGACCCUGGAAGGAGACUCAUCAGAAGUCAGGGACCAGAGCAACAGUAAGGCAGCUAAGCAGAUGGCAGAGAAAAACCCUCCAGAAGUGGCUGCCAAGGCCAGGAAGACUAAAGGAGCCCAGAGAACUCAGGACUCUCCAUCAGAGUUUGGGAAGGUGACCCGGAUGUGUUUUGCUGUGUUCCUCUGCUUCACCCUGAGCUACAUCCCUUUCUUGCUACUCAACAUCCUGGAUGCCAAGGUCCAGGCUCCCCGAGUUGUCCACAUGCUGGCUGCCAACCUCACCUGGCUUAAUGGCUGCAUCAACCCUGUGCUGUACGCAGCCAUGAACCGCCAGUUCCGCCAAGCCUAUGGCUCCCUCCUGAAACGAGGGCCCCGGAGUUUCCGUAGGUUCCAUUAGAACUGUGUCCCCAUUCACCAGAAUCUGGGAUUGUCUCUUCCAGAACUAAGGUGACCAGCUGUUAUAGGAAUAGGUGAAAGUGAGACCUGUGGGAAC